GUAAUAAAUAACAAAAUGUAUCAUUUUGAAAUUCUUUAUCUUCUUCUCUGCUUCUUUUUCUGUGUUGAAAAUGGCGCUCAAUGCUUUGCUGGGACACUCUGCACUACCCAAACUCUCUACUUCCUUUCAUGGCCAACCACUAUCUUCUUCCUCAAAUUCUCCUUCUUUCGCCGCGCAUCCCGGAAACCAAUCGUUUUCCAAAAAACAAUUUGUGGUUUUUUCUCGGAGGUUGUCUGGCUCGAAGGAGGUCAGGAGAAUCAAAAGGAACUUCAGAUUGUGAAGGAUAGGAAAAGGUCUCCGUUAAGUCGUGGAAAAGUAUCGCCGCCUUUAUCUGUCCCUGAUCACAUACCUAAGCCUCCUUAUGUAGGUUCAAAUAUACUUCCAGAGAUUGCAAGUGAACAUCAAAUUCCUGAUUCCGAAGGUAUUGCUAAAAUGAGGGCUGCGUGUGAGCUUGCAGCGCGUGUCUUAAACUUUGCAGGAACUUUGGUUAGGCCUUCUGUGACAACUGAUGAAAUUGAUAAAGCAGUGCACCAAAUGAUAAUUGAUGCUGGUGCUUAUCCCUCACCCCUUGGCUAUGGUGGAUUUCCGAAAAGUGUAUGCACAUCAGUUAAUGAGUGCAUGUGCCACGGGAUUCCUGAUUCUCGGCAGUUGCAGAAUGGUGAUAUUAUCAACAUUGAUGUGACAGUCUACCUGAAUGGAUAUCAUGGAGACACAUCAAAGACAUUUUUUUGUGGUGAAGUCAGUGGUGCAUUGAAAAACCUUGUUAAGGUAACUGAAGAGUGCUUGGAGAGAGGAAUAGGCGUUUGCAAGGCUGGUGCUCCUUUUAAGAAAAUUGGAAAGACAAUCAGCGAGCAUGCUAAAAGGCAUGGCUACAAUGUAGCGGAGCGUUUUGUUGGGCAUGGUGUUGGAACAGUGUUUCAUUCUGAGCCGCUUAUUUUUCAUCAUCGAAAUGACGAAGGAGGUUGCAUGGUUGAAGGUCAAACAUUUACAAUUGAGCCUAUAGUUACCCUGGGAAGCACUGAUUGCAUUACAUGGCCUGACAACUGGACAGCAGUUGCAACUGAUGGUAGUCCGGCGGCACAGUUCGAACAUACCAUUUUGAUAACUAAGACUGGAGCUGAAAUUUUGACUACAUGUUGAUUUUCCUUCUGGAGGAUUAUGCACAUGUUUGAAGCCCAUUCAACAUUACAAUUUCUAUCAGCAAAUAUGAAGUUACUGCUAUACAUCUAGUGAAAAACUUGCUGAGGUGACCAUCUGGAAGCUGGAUCAGCAGGGGACCCCUUGUUUGUGGUGCUUUUGUCAAGAAAGAUAACUUCUUAGCUUAGAGAUGUGUUUUUAAAAUUGUAUUUUUUUUUUUCUUCUGGAAAUGGGAAGCAGAAAGCAAAAAUGUUGAUAGAAGAAAUAGAUAUGGAUCUCUAAUUCCGCCAAUUAGAUUUUAUUAUUUUAUUUCUAAGUUAGCAUAACAUAAUCUCUCCAUCAUAGUAUCAUAGUUCAAGGAGAUAAAGGUUCAAGAAAAGACAACUCAAGAAAUGCAUGAAAUAACAGUGGCAACAUUAAUGGUCAGAUAUAAACAACUUGCAUGUGUAGUAGAAUACAUAUAGGAAUUAUAGAAUUUUUAAUCUAGUUGGAAGGAUAUACUCUAGAAGAUGUAAUAAGGGAAUCUUUUGAUUAGUUUCACGAGACUUAUCUUAAUUUUGAGCUUGAGGACAAACUCAAUGCCGAGAGAAGAAGUGAUGAUAUU